ACAAACCGAGGCUGUUUUUUUCUUUCUUCUCCAUGUGUGUAGUGAAGAUCCUGUUGUGAACAACAAUGACGUAGUCCGUUUGCAGCCCAAUGUGACUGUUUGUCUACUAUUAUUUUGGAUUUGAGGAAAUAAUGUUGUAAAUAAUGUCAAUUUUUUAUGUAUAUCAUGAGCCGAGGGGAUUCAUUCGAGUUUUUGUUGUCUGCUUUUUUGACUCUCAAAGUGACGGUGCCCAUUGACUUGCAUAUUAUGAAUUACAAAGGAGCAUGGGUUCAGUUUUUUUUAGUGUUCUAAAGAAUGUCAUAUUCAUCUUGGAUGGUCUGGGAGUGAGAAAAUUAACAGCAGGUUUUAAUUUUUGGGUAAACUAUUCUUAUAAAUUUGAGUUAUCUGGAUUGGGAUUAUGGGGCAAAUACUGCAAAUAGCUGCAGUCCAGCAGAGGGCGUUAGAGGAUCGCAGGACGGGGCUCACAGACUGACUAUAAAGGGGGCGUGUGCAGAUGGGUUGGGAAAUUCCUCUUUUCUCACAGAGAAUGGAGCUGACUGAGUUUCAACGGGACAGACAGUGGACGAAGAGCUCCUGUGCAGUUCUCAGGCCUCCUGAGCAGCAAAAACAGCUCCGUGUGCCCUGCUGGAACUCUCCACUUCAGACAUCAUGAAGCUCUGGCUCUUCUUCACACUGGCACUGCUCUGGCUGGAGGUCCAAAAUGGUGUGUGUCAGCAGGUCAAGCAUAAGAAAGAGGCUGGCAAGAACCGCAAUAGACAAGGAAGAAAGAGGGUGAAGGUUCGCUACCCCAAAGUAAAAGAAAAGGAGACAGGAAGCAAGGGCCAGCAAGGCUCUCUUCUCACCCAGGUCCUCGAUAAAGGCCAUUUUCUCAGACUGGGUGAGAGCCUUUCCUUGAAUCCUGGGAAAACAAUGGAACUGAGAUGCAAAGGGACUAAUAUUGGUUGGGCAUAUCCCUCUUAUCUGGACACCUUCAAUGAAAACCGCCUCAGCAUCAAGCAGCAUGAGCGGUACAGUCAGCUGAUUCUGUCGUCUCCCUCUGCUGCUGAUACGGGGGAGUACAGCUGCUGGGUGGUGCUCUGUGACGGACAAGAAUGUACAAAGGAUGGAGAAAGCACCUCUGCUACCUACAUAUACUAUCUAGACAAAGAUGAGCUGUUCGUCCCCUCUGCCAUCCAUUUUGAGAUCAUCUACCUGCGCCCUGACAAGCCUGCCACUGUCCCGUGCCGGGUGACAAACCCCAAAAUCAAAGUCUCGCUGCAUAGGGAAGUUCCUGCAGAAGAAAUUGCUUUGAAUGGGACCCAGAUCUCUUACAAUCCCAUGAAAGGCUUCAUCAUCCAAAACCCCAGUCCUGAACAAAAAGGCGCUUAUUACUGCAAGGCCAACAGCACCACGAAAACCACUCCACAAAUAUCAACAAAAUACCAGCUGCUGUAUGUGGAAGUGCCAAGUGGCCCCCCUUUUGUGACUAUUGAGGCUUCUUCGAACGUAGUGAGUGGUGGAGAGAUCUUCAAUGUUACAUGCACAGUUCUGGGUGACCCUGAGAUGAAUUUUUCCUUAAGAAAAAUAUUUACUGCAAAUAUUAUCACCACAUAAAUUUUAUUCUCUUUUAGAAAAGGUGAUUUGAUAAAUAUGUGUUAAUGUGACGUGUGUGUUUCUCAGGGUCAGAGGCCGGUGAGCAUUCAUGAAUCUUGGCGACUGAUAAACCGUGGAGUGGGACACACAACACGCAUCUCCCAGAGUGUCAUGAUAGUGGAUGAUGUUGAAACGAUUGACUAUGGAAAGUACAUCUGCACCACCAAAAAUAAGCAUGGAGAGACACUGGUGGCCACAACGGUAAAGUCACAUGAAUAAGAAGAACAUAAAGAUUAUAUUAUUGAGCUGAGCUGGACUCCAUUCAAACUUCAGGCUUUGUGCUGCUUAAUGAAAUCAUUAUGAAAAACAUGCAUUCUAUAUAGGACUUAGAAAAUAAAAAAAACUUUUUAAAUUGAGACUCAGUGAUGAAGCAAGUUAAUGCAAGCUUCACGUUCAAUGGUAAAUCAACAGCAUACUUAAUACAGUUUGUGAUGCACCAUUGUCUUUGAAAUAGUGUUUUUAAAACAUGCUAACCUAUAAUA